AUGGCAGAAGAAGAAGAAGAGAUCACUGAGGAGGAGGAAGAAGACGAAGAGGUGGAAGAAGAAGAAGAAGAUGCGGCAGUUGAAGUAGAUGCAUCGUCACCUGCGCCACCUGCGGAUGAUGAAGCGCCUACUGAAAAACCGGAAGCUACACCACAUUUAAGACGUGCACCACAUCAAGAAAAGGAUGAUACACCGGCUGAACAAACGGAAGCUGAAAUAGCUAUGCUUGAGGAAGAAGCAGCUAAAAUUCAAGAUUACGAAGAACGACGACGAGUGGAGAAAGAAAAGAUCGAAGAAGAGUUACGAGCAUUGAAGGAAAAACAGGAACAAAGAAGGCAACAACGUGAACAAGAGGAACGUGAAUUCGCGGAAAGGCAACGCCAAAAUGAUGAAAAACGACGUCAGGAGGAGGAAGAAAGCAAAGCACGCAUUGAAGCGGAAAAGCAACGACGAGAGGAAGAAAGAAAGAAGCGACAAAAUUUAAUGGCUGGCUCGUUCGCUGCUGGGACAGCAGCGGGUGGAAAGAAUUUCGUGAUCCAGAAAUCAGAAAAGGGCGAUCAGUUAAAUCCUCAUAUUCAAAAGCAAGAGAUAAGUGAUGAAGGGAGAAGAGCAGCAAAGCAAUCAUUUAUGGAAGCAAUUCAACGUCGUGCAGUUAAUAUUGCCGAUUUGUUACCAAAUGAUCUAAAGGAAAAAAUCAAACAAUUACAUUCACGUAUCGUAAAAUUGGAAGGUGAAAAAUAUGAUUUGGAGAAAAGACACGAACGCCAGGAAUAUGACUUGAAAGAAUUGCACGAGCGUGAACGUCAGGUUGCUCGCAACAAAGCUUUACAAAGAGGUUUGGAUCCUGAAGAAGCAGCUGCCUCCAUACAUCCGCCGAAAAUCAAUGUCGUAUCAAAGUUCGAUCGUCAAAUUGAUAGACGCUCAUAUGGUGAUCGGCGAGAGCUUUAUGAACAUCCGAUAAUUAAGAAGCCGCCAAAAAUUGCCCACGGAACAGCUCGUCCACCACCAGAAUGGGGUCGACGUGAAAACGAAGAGCUGGAACAGAUUCGUAAAAAUUUGGAACCGCCUAAAUACGUAGAGCAAGUGAAAGCAGAUGGUGAUGCUGCAAAACCACCAAUUCAACCAAUUCCGCUCCAUGUGCCUAAUGUUGAUGAAGUUGAAGAAGAAGAAAAUAUAUCGGCUCAGGAGACCGAACAAAAUGCGGCUGUAGAAGAUGAAACGGAAAAUGUUCCAGCAAAAGAAGCCGAAAAGAUCGGCCGAAAAGGUGCUGCAGGAAGUGGUAAAGCUGCAGCAGGUGGUAAAGCUGGUAAAGUUGCACCGCCACCACCGGUUAGUUAG